AAGUCACAUAGAAAUGGUGAAGAGAUUCAAGAUAUGGACCUAUAAAGAAGGAGAAAGGCCCUUAGUCCACAACGGACCAAUGAAAAACAUAUAUGCAAUCGAGGGCCAAUUCAUAGACGAAAUAGAGAGUCGAAAAAGCCAAUUUAAGGUCCAAGAUCCCAAUGAGGCCCAUGUGUUGUUCUUGCCGAUCAGCGUAGGGCACAUUGUGAAAUACAUUUAUAUGCCAAUCACCACAUAUGAUCGUGAUCGUUUGGUGAGGAUCUUCACUGACUACAUCAAAGUUGUGUCCCACAAAUACCCAUUUUGGAAUAGGACCAAUGGUGCUGAUCAUUUCAUGCUCUCUUGCCAUGAUUGGGCACCGGAUGUCUCUAUGAAGGACCCUCAACUUUACAGGAAUUUAAUAAAGGUCCUAUGCAAUGCCAAUAGCUCCGAAGGAUUCCAUCCCAACAGAGACGUUACAUUGCCGGAAAUAAAGGUGCCUCCUCAAGGGUUUAGUGGUGAACGGCGGUUCAUCCAACCGCCCGAAAACCGAACCAUCCUGGCCUUCUUCGCCGGCGGUGGCCACGGAAACAUCCGUAAAAUCUUGCUUCACCAUUGGAAGGACAAAGAUGAGGAAGUCCGAGUCCACAAGUACCUUCCAGACGGCCAAGAUUACAAUGAAUUGAUGGGGAAGAGCAAGUAUUGCUUGUGCCCAAGUGGGUUCGAAGUGGCGAGUCCUAGAGUGGUGGAGUCGUUUUACGCCGGAUGCGUGCCGGUGAUCAUUUCGGAUAGUUACGUGCUACCGUUUAGUGAUGUGCUUGAUUGGAGAGAAUUCUCAGUUAAGAUAUCGCCGGAGAAGAUAACGGAGAUUAAGAGGAUACUGAAAGGGAUACCAGAAAAGGAGUACCGGAAAAUGCAGAAGAGGGUGGUGAAAUUGAGACGGCAUUUUGAGUUGAAUAGACCGGCUAAACCUUUUGAUAUUCUUCAUAUGGUGCUUCACUCAAUAUGGCUUAGAAGGCUAAACACUUUAUUGUUAUAAUUUGGUCUUAUAUGUGUGUAUAUAUAUAUAUUCUUCCAUUUCAUUGAGACAAAUCAGUGUAGUUUAGAGCUACUAAUUAGCUCUCAAAUUCGAACAUGCAUGCAUGCAUUGAUUUCAUUAACAAA